AUGUCUACUAUUUCUAAUAUUAGUAACAUUAAAGCUAAAGUAGCAUAUUAUUGUGAAAAAGUAACAAAUAAAAACACAAAAUUGAAUGAAAAUAAAUAUAAAGCCAAUUCUGUAAAACAAGCUAUUGAUGCAAUUAGUUGCUAUCUUUUUCAUAAUUCAUCUAUUUGA